AUGGGUCGACGCAAGAUUGAGAUCGAGAUGGUGACAGAUAGUAGCACGAGGCAAGUGACUUUCUCGAAGCGAAGAACCGGGCUUUUCAAGAAGGCGAACGAGCUUGCCAUCCUCUGUGCCGUCCAGAUCGCGAUCAUCGUGUUUUCCCCUGGAGGCAAACCCUUCUCGUUCGGGCAUCCGAACGUCGAAUCUAUUGUUCAUCGAUUUAGAAAUCAAGAUCGGACUCCGGAUGAGGGCACAAGCAAAGGCGCCGAAUCUCGUGAUGAAAACACGACCGAUGAUAAUCUAAACCAAAAACUCCUCGAUCUACUUAAGCGGUUGAACGCAGAGGAGAAGCGAGGAGAGAUGCUGGAGAAGAUGGUGAAAGCAAAACGAGCUGUCAAAGGCCAACCUCCUGCUGAUCAACUUGGGUUGCCAGAACUCGGAGAGUUAAAGAGAUCGUUUGAAGACCUUCGCCGGAAACUGAGAGAUCGUAUCGACGACAUGGAGGCGAUUUCCUCGUUGUUGCUUCUCGCAGAACAUUAGCCCACAAUGUAAACCAUUCGGAGA